AUGAUGCGUGCUACCUCGAGAGGAGCAUUUCGCGACCUCAGCGCGCCGAUCAACUCUGAGCGCCAGCAGGACACGUCUCGCAGCCGCUCGCGCUGGUGGUCGCGGCCGGCGCGCGCCACCGUCGAACCGCUAGUCGCCUCUCCUGACGCGGCCUCUGACGAUGGUUCGGCCGCCGCUGGCAAAGCGGUCCGGCCUGGCCUCACGGUGGGCAAGGUGUUUGCGCUCUCCUCGCAGGAGAGGCCGGUGCUGCUGCUCGCCGUGCUCCUCCGCCUCGGCUCCGAAGGCUGCUCAUUUGCGAGCCCGCUCAUCCUCGCCACAGCGUACGACGCGGUGGUGGAGUCGUACGGCCACGAGGAGCGGGGCGACGCGACGCGGGAGGUCAUCCUCCGCACCUUCACGUGGGUGCUUGCGCUGCACGUGGCCGGCCAGGCACUCGGUUUCCUCUCCGGCUUCGCGACCGGUCUCUCGGGCGAGCGCGUCGUCUCGCGGCUGCGGCGGCGGCUGUACGAGCACCUGCUGCGGCAAGAGAUGGGCUUCUUCGACGCGCAGAAGAGCGGGGACCUGGCCACGACGUCGUCGCUCAACGACUUCUUCAUCGGCAUUGUCAAGGUCGUCGGCGGCGUCACGCUCAUGUUCAUAGUGAGCUGGCAGAUGACGCUGAUCGCCUUCCUCUCGCUACUUGGCUGGCUCGUGCUGGUCUGCUUGCCCGGGAUGAGGCUCGUGUCCCGCCUCACCAAGCAGUACCAGGCUGCGCUCGCCCGCGCGUCGGUCGCGUCGACUGAGUCGCUAGGCAUGAUGCGCACCGUCCGCUGCUUUGCGGCGGAGACGCUCGAGAUCUUCCAGCUACUUGACCGCGAGCCGCGGCUACCAACCGGCGGCGGGCAGUCGCCGGCAGAGCCGAUGCGCGGCGAGAUCGCCUUCGAGGGCGUCGUGUUCGCCUUCCCGACGGCAGAGGACGUCCCCGUGCUGCGUGGCUUCACCCUGUCUGCCGAGUCGACGGUCGCGCUGGUGGGGUCGAGCGGCUGCGGCAAGAGCACAACCCUCUCUCUGCUGCUGCGCUUCUACGACCCGCAGCGAGGCGCGAUCACGAUCGACGGCCACGGGGUGGGGGACCUCGACCAGGAGCCGCUCCUCUUCGGUCUCUCCGUCGAGGAGAACGUCGGCUACUCCUUGUCCGCGGCGCGCGCGCGCGAAGGCGGGGGGCGGGUCGACUUUAACGACGCCGCCGUCCGCGCGCGCGUAGAGGAGGCGUGCCGCCGCGCCAACGCGCACGAGUUUGUGGGCGGCCUCUCUGACGGGUGCGAGACGUUGUCGGGAUGGCGCGGCAUCUGCGUCAAGCUGUCGGGCGGGCAGAAGCAGCGCGUCGCCAUCGCGCGCGCCCUGCUCGCGGAGCCGCGCGCGACGUCGGCCCUCGAUUCGGAGUCGGAGCGGCUCGUGCAGGACGCGAUCGACGGCGCCUCGAGCGGCCGUACCGUCAUGGUGGUGGCGCACCGCCUGUCCACCGUGCGCGACGCCGACCAGAUCGCCGUCCUCUCGAAGGGCGUCGUGGAGGACUGCGGCUCGCACGAUGACCUGAUGGAGCGCUGCGGCACGUACCAGACGCUCGUGCGGCGGCAGGUGGACGGCGCUGCCGCCACGCCUCCGCCGCCGGCGCGCCGCGCAUCGUCUCAGAGCUGAGCUCUCGAGCGUCGAGGGUGGCUGCCGACGGAGAGGGAAGUGCCCGCAUUGUGCGUGUUUUGAAAAACUCGAUCGUAUCCAGUAAACU